CAAACACACUUGCUCCCUCUCUAUUUAAACCCCCAUCCAACCCCAUCCUUGCAUCACAAGUUUACCAUGCAGUGGCAACAGUAUUCACGAAUGAGAGGAUGAGAAGAAAAGCUCCAUAAAUGAGUAGAGAGAGAGUGCAUAGCGAGAGACAAGCUGUAGGAUGAGAGGAAGAGAGAAGAGAGGAAGAGGGAUGGAGGGAGAGGAGUGUUACAAGGAUUUGAUACCGGGUUUGCCGGAUGACAUAGCAUUGGAUUGCCUCGCCCGAGUCCCGCUCCGAUUCCACCCGGGUCUCCGACUCGUCUGCCCCCGCUGGCGCGAUCUGGUCACCGCCCCCUCCUUCCACCGCCACAGGGAACGCAUCGGAGUGGCGGAGGACCUGAUCUUCCUCGUCCAGGCCGUCGUCCCCGUCGACAAGGGCAGCGGUUCUGACGAGGGGGAGGAGGAGGGGAAGGGUGGGGCCGCCGCUUGCCGGCCGCCGGUGUAUGGGCUUAGCGCCUACAAUGCGACGCUCGGGUCGUGGCACCGCGUGGUGACGCCAGAACAGGUGCCGCUCUUCGCGCAGGUCGCGGCGGUGGGGAGGGAGGUGGUCCUGCUGGGGGGCUGGGACCGAGCGAGCUUGGAACCGACGGCGGAGGUCCGGGUGCUGGACCUGGCGACGGGCGGGUGGCGUCGUGGGGCGGCGAUGAAGGCGGCGAGGAGCUUCUUCGCGUGCGCGGCGGUGGAGGGGCGGGUGUACGUAGCGGGGGGCCACGACGGGCAGAAGAACGCACUGCGGUCGGCGGAGUCGUACGAUCCGGCGGCGGACGCGUGGUCAGCGCUGCCGGAGAUGGGGGAGGAGCGGGACGAGUGCCGGGGGGUGGCGGCGGGGGGGCGGUUCUGGGCGGUGAGCGGGUAUGGAACGGAGGGGCAGGGCCGAUUCGUGGGGGCGGCGGAGUGGUACGACGCGGAAGCGGGGACAUGGACGAGGGAGGAGGGGCUGGGGGAGGCGGGCGGCGCGACCUGCGUGUGGGUGUCUGGGGGCAGGAUGUGGAGCCUGGAGGGCGGCGGUGGAGUCGGUGGCGUGAGGGAGUACGAGGGGAGCGGGAAGGGGUGGAGGGAGGUGGCCCCGCUGCCGGGAGGGAUGAGGCCGUGCGCGGCGGCGGCCGUGAGCUGUGCCGGAGAGAGGGUGUUCGUGGUGGCGGCGCAGGCAGAGGCGGUGGCCGAGGCCGAGGUUGGCGGUGGGGGCCACCGCGGUUGGACUCUGGAGGUGGGGCCGCAGCGGUGGACGCGCGUGGUGACGCCGGUUGGCUUCACGGGCUUCGUCUUCUCAGCCGCAGCGGUCCGGAUCUAAAUUAAACCGGUCAACAACAUCAAACUCUUGUCUCUCCAAUUCUACAUCUCAAACAUCAGCACUAUAGAUCAUGGAAAUCGAUACUCUCACUUGGACUCUGUUCUUGGAGAAAAUGGAUCGCUGCUGUACUCGAAAUCUUCACCAGUCCCUGCAAGUCCUCCCCCACUCUUACCUGCAAAGGGUGGAGAAGUCGAUCCAUACUCCGCAGUGGAGUUUACGUCCGCCACCUGCAUGAUGUUCUCGAUUUCCUUCACCACCUCGCUCAUCGAAGGCCGGUCUCGGCUUUCAUCCUCCACGCACUUCAUUGCCAAGUCGAUGAAGUUUUCCAACCCACGUAAGGCACUGACAGUAGCAAUCGUCGGAUCGAGAAGCUCAUCAAGAUUCAACAGAUUCUUCUGCUUGUCUAUAGCAUCCUUCACCUGUCUCACGACGUAUUGUCCUUCUUCUAUUGGCUUUCUUGCAGUCACCAGCUCCAGCAGUAGAACGCCGAAGCUGUAGACGUCGCUCUUCUCCGUCAACUGCUGCGUCAUGUAGUACUCGGGAUCCAAGUAGCCCUGCGAUGAGGAGGAUGCAGUAAUGUGGCGUUUAGCGUCAUCAAACAAUGUUCUGGAGAGACCAAAGUCGGAGACUUUUGCGUUGAGACGAUGAUCAAGAAGGAUGUUGUUGGACUUGAUGUCUCUGUGAAUGAUGGGGGGGUUUGCGAGCUCGUGCAGAUAGGCAAGACCGCUGGCUGCACAAUGGGCAACUCGAAGCCUCCUCUUCCAAUCCAUACGUAUUCCAGACUUACCUGCACACCACAAAAGAGGAAUCAAUUCUCUCUGUGAAGAAAAACUAGGAAAUUAUUAGUAAAACUUACCAUAUGAAACAAAGUUCAAAGAUGAGCCAACUAGGUUUCAUGAUUAUCUGUAUAAGACUUUUUUUGGUCGAGAAAGAUUGUGAUCUCAUCUACUGAACUCA